AUGGGUAGCAUUAAUAAAAACAUGAACGGUAUUGCUUUUACUAAAGGUUCUGAAUACCUAAAAGAUUUCCAAUGCUCUAAAUGCCACUUAUUUUUAGAUGAUGAGGAUAUUCAAAAAGAAAACUAUUCUUUCUGGCUUUCUGAUUAUGCUAAUGACAUUACCAAGAUUUAUAACCAAAGCCGACCAGUUUAUGGUCGGGGUAAAAAAAGAAUUCCUCCUGGUCAAUACUCAACUCCUUUAAAGAUUGCUCAAUGUUUAGCCAAAUUAGCAUCUCCAAAAAUGGAUUUUAAAGAUAAGAUUAUUUUUGAACCUUGUGUCGGCACAGGAAAAGGAGCUAUUUUAAUUGGUAGUGAUAUUGAUCAAGAAGCCUUAGAAAUUUGUAGAGAAAGAAUUCCCGAAGCAAUUUUAACUAAUUGCAAUACUCUUUUUUGUUAUGUUCCUGGACAUAGUAAGAAGCUGAAGUAUGGUCGAUAUUGUAGUGAGCAUAUUUUUAGUGAACCAAAGGAAACGAAUAUAAUAACAAUUGCUCUUAUUGCUUCUGUUGUGACCUUUGUGACUUCAAUGCUUGCCCAACUGGUGAUUGCCCCAAUGGUUUACAAGACACAGCUUGAUGCCACGGAAAUGAUUACCAGUGAUUUGAGGAUAACAACAUUGAAGUUUGCAAUGACUGUCAAAUCAAGAUUGAAGCAAUUUUAG